CGUGGGCUGUAUGUGGGCGAUUUUGACAGCAGCAGAGUUGUUUAGGAGACAAACAAGGACGUGUUGAAGGGGACAAUUCUUUCCCUCCUUGUUCCACUCGAACUCGCACUGACAGCUUCUCAACGCACGGAGGUUUCUGACGGGAUGUCGGUUUCCGAUCGGGCUGUCCAUUGUAAGUCUGAUGAAUGAUCCUCCCCCUAGUCCCGUCCUCCGUCAUGGAGAGCCACUGCCGGCCUCCGUCCCCCCUAGAGGAUUCGGUGCUGGGCAGCCCGCUGUGUGGGGACUUCAUCGGGGGCAUGGAGGAGCUGCAGGACAUCUCCCAAUCCAUCCACGGUGAUGCCCACAGCUCCUUUGACGUCCCUGAGUACCAGUCCCAGUCAAGUAACGGCUCUGGCUCUGAAGGAUCCACCAUUCUAGAUGCUCUGACCCCAGCCUCCAGCCCAUCGUCGGGAGUGUAUGGGGCGGUUGCAGGGCAGGAAGAGUUCUCCUCCACCUCGCUCAACCUGGAGUGUCGGGUGUGUGCCGACCGCGCCUCCGGAUACCACUAUGGAGUUCACGCCUGUGAGGGCUGCAAGGGUUUCUUUCGGCGGACUAUCCGCCUCAAGCUGGAAUAUGACAAGUGUGAACGCCGAUGUAAGAUCCUGAAGAAGAACCGGAACAAGUGCCAAUACUGCCGCUUCCAGAAGUGCCUGUCUGUGGGCAUGUCCCACAAUGCGAUCCGUUUUGGUCGGAUGCCCCAGUCAGAGAAGCUGAAGCUGAAGGCAGAGAUCCAGACGGGGGACAGGGAGGUGGAGGACCCCGAGCAAGCCGACCAGAAGACCCUGGCUAGGCACAUCUAUGAGGCCUACCUCAAAAACUUCAACAUGAACAAGGCCAAAGCCCGCACCAUCCUCACCGGAAAGACCAGCACUCCACCAUUUGUCAUCCACGACAUGGAUACCCUCCAGCUGGCAGAGCAGACCCUCGUUGCCAAGAUGGUGGGCACGGCUGGGGGCCAUCUGCUGGAGAAGGAGGCUGAGGUCCGCAUCUUCCACUGCUGCCAGUGCACCUCCGUGGAGACGGUCACAGAGCUGACUGAGUUCGCCAAGUCUGUCCCCGGCUUCUCCAGCCUGGACCUGAACGACCAGGUGACUCUGCUGAAGUAUGGAGUGUACGAGGCGCUGUUCGCCCUGCUGGCCUCAUGUAUGAACAAGGACGGCCUCCUGGUGGCCUACGGAUCGGGCUUCAUCACCAGGGAGUUUCUCAAGAGUCUGAGGAGGCCCUUCAGCGACAUGAUGGAACCCAAGUUCCAGUUCGCCAUGAAGUUCAACGGGCUGGAGCUGGAUGACAGUGACCUGGCCCUGUUUGUGGCCGCCAUCAUCUGCUGUGGAGACCGUCCCGGCCUGGUGAACGUUGGCCACAUUGAGCGCAUGCAGGAGAACAUUGUUCAGGUGCUGCGGCUCCACCUGCUGGCCAAUCACCCAGACGACACCUUCCUCUUCCCCAAGCUGCUGCAGAAACUGUCCGACCUCCGGCAGCUGGUCACCGAGCACGCUCAGUUGGUCCAGGAGAUCAAGAAAACAGAGGACAUGUCACUCCACCCCUUGCUGCAGGAGAUCUACAGAGACAUGUACUGAGACACUGAGCCCAGAAAGGAGGGUGGGGGCUGUGUCACACACCCACCUCACCCUCCAUCUUGGGGACAUGUACUGAGUCUAGAAAGGAGGUUGCCCUCCAUUUUGGGGACACAUGCGUGAACAGUCUCUCUGAAUAGUCCCACCAUGAAAGGAUUGAACCACUGGACCCCCAGAUGCAGGGUUGCUCGUCUUUCAGACAGGACCGGUCAGGACUAUAGGACUAUAUUCUGGGCACCUGUAGUGGGGUCCACUACCCCCACAGGGACCUAUAUGGCCAUAUUACCUGUGUGGAUGGGCAAUGUGAAGCUGAACUGAGUGUCCUGUUCCAACUAGAGUUAGUGUUAGUGUCCUAACUAGAGAACAUGUAUUGGGCUGGGUUUAGACACCUUUGUCCAAUGUCAGAAAUAAGUACACGGAUCAAAUAAUCAAUUGCUUGUUUAGAUAACAGUGGCUGUAUUUAGACAGGCAGCCCAAUUCUGAUAUUUCUUUCACUAAUUGGUCUUUUGACCAAUCAGAUCAGCUCUGAAAAAGGAUCUGAUAUGAAAAGAUCUGAUGUGACUGGUCAAAAGACCAAUUAGUGGGAAAAAGAUCAGAAUUGGGCUACCUGUCUAAAUGCAGCAUAUGAUUCAGUCAGACUAUAGCCACAAGAGUCCCUGCUAGAGGGCAUCCCUUUCCUAUACGGUACACACAUCUCUGACCUAAUCAGGCCCUUGAGUGAUGAACAGCAGGACGUAUCGACAGAAUCACCACUCCAGCAGUAUCUUUAUAACUAUGUCAUUUUGUAACGAACUUCAGAGUGAGUGAAAAGAAUGAUAAUGUUGAACACCUAUUUUGCAGUAAAGACACCCAAGCGACUUCAGUGCCGAAUACAGACUUCAGAUGUGAGCGACUGUGUCUCACUGUAAGGCAGCUUUUUAGCGAUUGGAUGCUCUCCCCCAGUGAGGUUAUGGGAUUGCAUGGUCAAUAAGGUCCUCAUGAGUGUCUGUCUCUGUCACUGCCGGUGUGUGUGUCUCUCCUAUAUUCAGUUUCCUAACACUGUACCAGGUUACUGUCGUACGGAUGUGCCUGCAGCGGCUCUAAAUACAACUCACAGUACAAGUAAAUGUAACAUAUUGCUUCAUUCAUUUGGGGAAACCUCUCCUGUGUGUUUCUAAGCUCUUGCUCCUGCUUAGGCUAUAACUUAUCAUGUCUAAGAAAUGUGGAUUCCUCUGGGGGGGAAAAAUGACUUUAGCUAUAAUUGUUAUUUAACAUUUGCAUAUUUGCUAAAUGUUAUCAUGAAUGAGGCUACAGAGUUUCAGAAAGUGCUCCCCAUAUAUCCCACUGAGUUUUUAGUCCUUUGCUCUUUUGGGCAAAGACCCACAGCCUCAGUUGGAGGGACACAUUAUUGGCUGCCGCAGGUCUCCGUUGUUCUCACGUCAGUUACUCAUCAGUCAUACUUCGACCGAGAAUUCACUAUGUGCUUUUUAGUGAUGGUUUUCACAUACCUUUCCCUUCAUCUCAUUUUUCUCUCCUAUCUAGACCAAACUCUAACAUGGAGGCUUUGGUGUGCAUUAUAUUCAUUUUAUAAAACCAUGGUGAAGCUCAAUGAUUUCAAAGAUUUUUCAUUUUCAAUACUUUCACAAACAAAAGUAAACAAACUACCAUGUCAAUAGUGUUCCCCCCACCGUUCAGAACAUGGCUCCAUCAGGACAUUUGUUUGUAAGUGGUUUGAUUUAAUUCAAAACAGACUGAUUUGGAAAUGACCAAUCAGAGAUGCACUGUGUAAAUGCACCCACAACGCAACACUAACUAUACCACUAACACGAGAUAUGAUAUGAGACUCUUUUAUAUACUGUAAUAUUUGGCACUCCAUCUUGUUUUGUAUACUGGAAUUAAAGGGCUAAUAUGACUUCAAACUAUAUUAAAACCUUAACAAAGGCAGAUUGAGAGCAGAUUUACAGCAUUUUAAGCCAUUAACUAGACAGCCUUCUCUCUCUCUCUCUCUCUCUCUCUCUCUCUCUCUCUCUCUCUCUCUCUCUCUCUCUCUCUCUCUCUCUCUCUCUCUCUCUCUCUCUCUCUCAUCUAGUAGAGAUGAAAUACUAAAGCUGCCUCAUCAAACCAGCCAUCAAUCCUUCCCAGAACUGUUGAGAAUGUUUCAAAGACAGAAUGAAAUGCUCUUUCCCGUGUGCAUGCUUUCCUGAUGGAAAGGAUAUACAGUACGUGCGUGUAUUUUCCGCGAGGGAAUGUUUUUUGUUCUUUGCUUACCGUAGCAAAUUGUCAUGAAUCCACAAAUGAAUGUUUUUUAUUGGUGUAAUGGACCUAGCUUCACUCUCUGCACCAUGUUCUAUUAAUGCUUUGUACAUAGAUUCAGUGAUUAUUUGAUCGCUUGCCCCAACUAUAACCAGAGGUAUGCAAGAUACAAACUAUUAUUGAGUAUGCUUUGUAUUCCUUUUUGUCUGGUAAAUACAUUUCAAUGUUUUAAAUGGUACAGAAAUGUAGGUAUGUUUUUGAUUAAGCGCUACCUAAUUUGACAAUGUUAUAAUUGAGUUGGAUCAUAUUUUUAUACUAAAGUAUAUAUAUAUAUAUGUAUAUCAGAAAUGGUUUCGUUGAAUAACUAGGCUGAAAAAUGCAAUGUGAAUAGAAUAGCUAAGUAUCUGGUGAUACAACCAUAGACGUGAUUCCCACUGGGGACAUUCCUUUGGUUAAUUCCCACACUAGAGAGAGAGAGAGAGAGAGAGAGAGAGAGAGAGGGAGAGUUAACAUUUUCUCUAUGUGCUGUGCUUUAGGUGUAGGGAUACUAAAAGCACUCAUAGCAAAUAUCAACACUUGAACGCAAAACCUUUCAUGGGUUAUUGACACUAUUUUCACUCAACAACAUGAUCUGGAUAUAUUAUUCGUCUUGAACAUGCAUAAGUAAAUCAUCAGCGUUAAGACUGGUAAUAAGCUAUCGUGGCACAGAUCCUACAUCAAUACUGCAGGUUUCCUUCUAUGCUAUGGUCUCAGGUGGAAGAUUAGGUAAUAAAGGGGAUGAUUAGGGCGUAAUUUCACUAUUCAGAACAUAAAUGCUCCAUAACUGCCUCAUUAUGUUCUUCAAGCCAAACGGUUUGUUGUUUUUGUGGCCCUACUAUAUCCCUUCUCUGUUCUGAUACAUGUACAGUAUAUAGAACAUUACACACUCAUAACUUGUCCACAAUGAACAGUGAUUUCAUCACAGCUAAAUGCAGUAAAGAUGCAGUAUAUUGUUUAUUAGAAACGGAGUGUUUCGAGCCCUGAAUGCUGAUUGGCUGAUAUUUCAGACCAUAUACCAUGGGUGUGAUGACAAAACAUGUAUUUUUCUGCCCUAAUUACAUUGGUAACCAGUUUAUAAUAGCAAUAAGGCACCUCUGGGGUUUGUGGUAUAUGGCCAAUAUACCACAGCUAAGGGCUGUAUCCAGGCACUCCGAGUUGCGCAUAAGAACAUCCCUUAGCCGUGGUAUAUUGGCCAUAUACCACACCCCCUCUGGCCUUAGUUAUUAAUUAAUUAUUGCUUAAUUAACAUGCUUCUGCUGUAUCAAGCGUUUUACUGGCUUCCCUCCUCACUCGCUGCUGUGUUCUAACUUACUUAAUUAUAAUCAUGCCAUAUGUUAGAUAACUGAAUUUCAAGCUGCCUGUAAUGGCAGUUCUACAAUAUCUAUUGCUCUGGAUUGUCAGACCUCUGCGAAAUGCAUCGCUGCUUUAAUCCACCAGAUUGUAGAAUCACAAGGUGAACAGAAUACAUGAGGGAGUAAACUCAACCCGUGCCUUAACCUAUCACAUACAACACUAGACACAAUGGAGUCAAGUAAAGCUGCACACAGUUCUGUACAGUUCUGUGUCCUCCUGCCAGAAGCUGCUGGUAUGGAUAUGAUACUACACAGUACAGAGAUACACAAAGAGAGCAAAUGGCGUCAUGACAUAAUUAGGGAAGGUUUCAAAUUUGUGAUAGGCAGACAGACCAUUGUUGAAUCUGUGGAACAUAACGACUGUUUGGAAUUACAUUCCUCCACAUUAGAGAGGUUGCUCUCUUGCAAUAGUGUAAAUACAAACACGAUUAUAUAAUGGUUCAAAGACUAGAGGAAAAACCCAGAGGAGAAGUUAUGUGAUUGGUAAAUUGAAGAUGUCUGCUACCCUUAAGGAUCUAUGGUGUUUUGUGUUGAAUUGACAAGGGACUUUUGACAAGUAUCAGGGUAAAUAUUGUGUCCCUUAGUUUAUACUAGCUCAGGACAUAGCGAGGUACUGUUCUUUUAUUUUUCAAGUGAGUUUAUAGUGCCCUGCCAUACAGCACACAUAUAAUAAUAAUAAUAAUAAUAAUAAUAAUAAUAAUAACAAAUACAGCUCUGCAGAGAUGAUGAGUGCAGAAGAUAUAGGAAAAGGUUUGUAUUUUUGUAGUAAAGAGUUGAUGCAGUGUUUUUAUGGCUAGUGUCAUGCAAAGAGACUGGAGACAGUCUUUGGAUGCUUUGUUUAUGUAUACUGUGGCUUGGUAACAAUAAAGUACAUUUUUGAUGAA